ACAGAUGCAGAGUCCUGAAGCAGGGAAACUCCCCUCUUGGUCUUUUCAUAAGGCGGAUGAUAAACAAAAGAGCGCACCCAGCAGGCUUCGAGCACAGCCUGCCAGGAAAACUGGACUGUGAUUUUAGUUUGAGCAGGAGCAGAGGCUUUAGUUUGCACUGCUCAGCCAUCGAAGGGGGUUUGCAGUGAAGGAGAGGAAAAGCACAUUUAAUUUUCUUAGUUGUUGAAAUUUGGAGAAGAAAUUUGGAGGGCAGAGACGCUGCAGCCUGAAAACUCCUGGAGUUGAAUGAAUAAAGUUUGAAGGACAACUGAAAAAAUGCACUCCAAGGUAACAAUGCAAGCUGAAGGAAACCAACAGAGAAACUAUGUCUUGUUUAUGUUGGCACUGCUGGCCAUGCUGGAAGUCUGCAGGGUCCAGAGCUGUAGGUUUGGCUCAGGGUCAGAGUGUGAGAAAGCCCCCUUUGUGCCGGGUCAUAACCUUGCGGGGGAGGGUUUUGAUGUGGUGCGGAUGAGGCGAACAGGGGCGUAUGUCAUCAAUGUCAAAGGUGCUCUGAGCGACAACCAGACCUGUACACUGUGUCCCAACCGAUUUCAAAAUGGACAGAUUCAGAAGCUCCCAGCAGCUGUGCUGGACUGGCGUCCCUUCAGCCGCUGCAGUAAGCAGCUCUCCAGCGCCCUCCACCACUCUGUGGACUCUUUGCUGCGCAGCUCUAACUCCCUGGUCAGCAACAACUGGGGCAUGGGUUUGAAUCUUGACAAUAUCGGGAAUGCCUUGCUGGGAGGAAGUCGCUCAGAUUUGGCAAAGUUUGCUCGUUCACAGCACAGCGUGGACAAGGCCACGUUUGCCAUCCAUGAAAUCAGCUGCACAUACUACAGCUACAGGCUUGCUGAUCAUCCCCAGCUGAGCUCAGAGUUCACCAAACAUCUGCAGAGACUCCCGCAGGGUAUGAACACCAGCCAGGACAGAGCCCUAUACAGACGGCUGAUAGACACCUAUGGAACGCACUACAUACACCAGGUCCAUCUUGGUGGUAAGGUGAGAAGAAUCACUGCCUUCAGGACCUGCCUGGCCACACUGAGGGGCUUCUCUGAACGAGAGGUUAAAAACUGCCUCAACAUUGAACUCCGCAUGGCUCUCGGCUUUCUCCCUGGCAACGUGUCUUUUUCAAACAAAUGUGACGACCUCCUGAAAGGCAACAUGAGCAUGGGCUUCUACCAAGGCUUCAUGACCCAUAAGAUCGAGGUUAUCGGAGGGGAGAGGUACUUCCCUGACAUCCUGUACCAACAGGACCCAUCUGAAGCAUACCACAGCUGGAUGAACAGCCUCCAAGACAACCCUGAUGUGGUUUCUUACGCCAUCUUUCCUUUGCAUCAUCUGGUGGAGGAUCCACAGAUCAGCGAUAAUCUGAGAAUCACCAUCUCUCAGUAUAUUAAAGAGAACCAGCUGAAAGAAGAACAGGUUGGUUUAAGAAACUGCUCCCCGACUCCCAACCUGGACCACAACUGCUGUCCUCUCCGGGCUGGAAGAGGAACUCUCAGACUGGAGAUCCACAGAGCUGCGGGCCUGAGAGCCGACACCUUCACGAAAACAGACGCCUACGUAAAGAUCUUCUACAACGGCAUGUAUGAAGAGACCGAGACAGUGAUAGACAACAAUGACCCAGUGUGGAACGCAACUUUUGAUUUUGGAUCAGUGGAGCUGGGUCAGGAGCUCAGGUUUGAAGUCUGGGAUAGAGAUGUUAUUUACAAUGAUGUCGCGGGUAGAUGUGUUGUUUUCCCUGAGCGAGGAAGACGCUCUUUGAGCUGUCAGUUGAAAAAAGGAGUUCUCUAUUUCAGCUACAGCAUCAAAUGUGAUGCUCACCUAACAGGCUUUAGGUGUGGACGGUACUCCCCCACUGCUGAGUAGACCUCUAAGAAACAUGUCAAUGUAGAGUGUAAUAUUUUCUAGAAACAUAGUGUUAAAAUUUUAGGUAUAAUGUUUCUUUUUAACAGAAUUAGGAGCUCUAAUUACUUUAAAUAAUCGAUACUUUUGGUCUGAUUGGGUCUAACACUUGCCUUUGAUGAGUAUGCACCUUAUUCCUAGAAGCUCUAGUGUUGAUGUGAUUAUAGGAGGAAUUCUGGGGGAUACAGUGGAGUAGGAAAAAUAUAUUACUCCCAUCAUGUCAAUCACAUGUUCAACAAAAUGAUAUCAAGUUGAGAGACAAAUUCACGAAAAUGUCCUUGCAGAGUUCUGGUACCUUUUGUUUCUCUUCCUGUUGUUCUAAUAUGCAGAAAAAGCUCAAUUUGUGGCUUUAACAGGUGUGUUUGUACUCUGUCUACCCCUUUCUCUGAAAUUAAUUCAGAGGCAGGGCUUGACAUUAACAUUUUUGCACACUGGCCACUGUGGCUACUUGUUUUUGAACAGUUAUUAGCCACUAAGCAUUUCCACUAGCCACAGUUUUGUUAUUGGGAAACUACAUGCUGUAUGCCAUAUUGGGAACAUCUGGUAUGAGACAAAACACAUGCUCCAUUUCUCUCUUUAAUGGAUAUUUAGCUAAUACCAAUAUUAAAACACUGACUGUUAAUACAGCUGGUUCAUAAACAUAUCUAAUUCUCAGUCAGACAAAUCUCCACCAGAGAAUGCUGAGGUUGUGACACUGAUAAAUUCCACUGGCCCAAGUGGCUAGUUGGAGUUAAUCUGGUACCUACCACAGCUGAAAUCCACCCUCAUUUGGCUAGUUGGCUGGUGUAAAUGUCAAGUCCUGGAUAUGGAUAUGAUGAUGUGAGAUAGUAAGGCUCUGACUCGGCUGUACGUCUGAUUUAAAUUAAGGUGCCUAUAAAAAGCAUUCAGCCCCUUUGAUGCUCUACUCUUUAAUUAGGUUUAUGAAUCAAUCAUUGCCAAUAUCAUUUAGCUUAUUUGACUUAAACUCUUUCGUGUCAAAGUGAAAACAGAUUUCUACAAAGUUAUAUAAAUUAAAAUAUGUAAGAUAAAGUAAGUGACUGUAUAAAAAUUCAUCCCCUUUACAGUGACUGACCCAAUUCAACAGAAGUUUAGCCAAUUGGUGCUAGGGAUCUCAUAAUUAGUGAAACAAGGAUCACCUGAGUGCAGUGAAUGUGUCUUAAGUAAUUGUAGUAUAGAAACACCUGUGCAUAUUCUAGGCCUCCAUUACACCAUGAAGACAAAAGAACACUCAAAAAAAACUCAGAUAAAAAGGUUAUUGAGAAAUUCAAAUCAGGGGAGGAAUACAAAAAAAAUCCAAGGCACUGAUAUCCCCCAGAGUUCAUCAAAAAAUUGAAAGAAUGUGUUACAUGUGUAAGUCUGUCUGAUUCAGGCCAUCCUUACAAACUACAUGACCAUGCGAGAAAGAGAUGAGAGGCCACCAAGACACCUAUGACCACUCUGAAGGAGUUAUAAGCAUCAACAGCUGAGAUGGGAGAGACUGCAUGCAACAACUGCUGCUUGGAUUCCUCACCAGUCAAAGCUUAAUGGGGGAGUGGCAAAGAGAAAGCCACUGUUGAAAAAAAAAACUCAAUAAAUCUCAACUAGAGUUUGCCAGAAUGCAUGUGUGAGACUUAAUGUUCAAGUGGAAGAAAGUUCUUUGGUCUGAUGAGACCAAAAAUCGUGUUUUCUUGCCCAUCAGUAAAGAUGCUACCCUGCACAUCACUACAAACACAUCAUCUCCACUGUGAAGCACAGUGGUGACAACAUCAUGCUGUGGGGAUGCUUCUCAGCAGUUAGAGGGUUAAAUGACAUUACUUUGUAGAAAUUGGUUUUCAC